UUCGCGCGUAAGAGGUUGGGAGUCAGUACAUUCAGUUUGGGGUUAAGGGAAGUGUACGGCAUGGUCGCUUGGAAAUCUGUGAUCGAGUUGGCAUAAAACUCUUGACGCAUGCGCUUCGGGGCGCAAGGUCAGGAGCGUGGCAACAAGAUUAGGAGGCAAGGGGAUGCCGGAAUGACCCAGACCCAGAUCUUUCGAAUCACGCAGUUUGUGUGAGCAUCUGAACCGGCACUGCGCAAGCUAAGGCUUCAAGGUUUUGUGGAUCUGUGAUUUGCACCAGUUUUAAUUGAACCCGGAACCAGUCAGAUCAACAACGAUGGAGGCGAUGCCGCGCCUACCUAUGGUCAGCUUCCAGCUGAAGCAGGUUCAUAAGCAGGCCUCCCUCUCCAGCUUCAUCAAACGUUGCAUUGUGACCCAGUACGGGGACGACCCGAACGCCUUCGCGGCCGAGAUGUACGAGCUGGACACGCUCCGGGCCACGGCCACGCGGCCGGCGCCCGACCUGCAGGGCCUGGCCACGCUCAAGCGCUACUUCUGCCAGCUGCAGGCGCUCGCCUGCCGCUUCCCCGAGCUGGGAGAGCGGCACAUAGAGGACCUCGUGUUCCAGUGGCAGGACCUGUACUCACUCUCGACGGUGGUGGUACACGACCCGUCGUACGAGAUGGCCGCCAUCAUGUACAACAUCGGCGCCCUGCACACGGCGCUGGGCGCCGCCGACCCCCGGCAGACGCCCGACGGCAUGAAGAUGAGCUGCACACACUUCCAGUGUGCUGUUUGGGCCUUCCAGUACGUGCAGGAGAAGCUGAGCCAGCCGAUCGGCUCCGACCUGAACCGCGGCAUGAUGCAGUUCCACAUCGAUAUCGCGCUGGCCCAGGCGCAGGAGUGCAUCCUCGAGAAGAGCAUGGUCGACAACCGCAAGGGCAUCAUCACUGCCAAAGUGGCGGCCCAGGUGGCCGACUACCACCGGGCCGCCCGGCGAUGUCUGGAGAACGCGCUCAAGACCGGCGAGUACCUCUCGGAGAACAUUGGAGACCGCAGAAUGAAGCAAUGGGUGGAGCACGUGGAGCUGAAGGCGCCGCUGUACGACGCCGUGUCGCUGCUGUACCGCGGCAUGCAGUCGGAGGAGCAGCAGCGUAUGGGCGAGCGCAUCACGUUCUACCAGGCGGCCAUGGAGCGGCUGCAGGAGGCGGCCGGCGUGGCCAAGCGCGUCAGCGGCGCCGAGGGCAAGCAAGUGUCCGAGUGCCUGACAUUCAUCAUGGACGUGGUCGGCGGCAAACUGAACAACGCCAAGAAGGAGAACGAGUUCAUCUACCACGAGAAGGUGCCGCCCAUCGAGUCACUUCCCGAAAUCAAGGGCGCCUCGCUAGUGAAGGGCAUCCCGUUCGACCUGACGGAUCGCGACGUGUCGGGACCGGACAUCUUCCAGAAGCUGAUCCCGAUGGAGGCGCACGAGCACGCCUCGCUCUACAGCGCCAAGAAGGACGAGCUGCUGCGGUCACUGAUGACCCACGUGGAGGAGAAGGACCAGGAGCUGCUGGUGAUGCUCUCCUCGCUGCAGCUCCAUCAGCUGGAGCUGGUGAAGCCGUUCACGGCGGGGAGUUCGUCAAGCAUCCAGCUGCCCCAGGAGCUGGUGGACUGCGUGGCCUCGCUGCACGCGCGGCCCGGCGCCGUGGCGCAGCUGUCGGAGGUCAUGUCGCGCCUCUCCGGCAUGGCCGUCGACCUGCAGGACAACCUGGACGAGCUGGAGACGCUGCUGAAGGAGGAGGACGGCAAGGAAAAAGAGCACGUGGCGGCGAUGGGCGGCUGCCGGCCGCCCUCCAUGAUCACAGCCGAGCUGCGCCGCGAGUUUACCAAAUACCGCGAGGCGUACGCGCACGCGGCCGAGUCAGACUCGGCCCUUCACCGCGCCAUCUCGGCCCACCUGCCCAACCUCAAUCUGCUGGCGGGGCCGCUGGAGGCGCUGCAGUCGCAGGUGCCGUCUGUGGCGUCCGUGGCGCAGGAACCCGAAUCGGCCGCCGCCAUCGCCGAGCUCCAGAGGAUAGUCGACAAGGUGGAGCAGAUGCGCGGACAGCGCUCCAUGCUCUGCAAUCACCUGCGCGACGCUGUGCAUGGCGACGACAUCACCAAGAAGGUGGUGACGCGCGCCGGCGACGACAUCGACGCCUUCAUCGAGCGCGAGCUUGACAAACACCGCAAACAGGCGGCCGUGAUUGAGCAGAACCUGACGGCGCAGGACAACAUCCUUCGCGCGCUGACCGAGGUAAACGCGGCGUACGCGCCCACGCGCCAGCUCGUCAACGAGGUGCUGGGACAGCACCAGGCACGGGUCUGCGACCUGCUCACCUCGUACCGCGCCCUAGACGAACUGCUCGAUAAGGGCAAACAGGGUGUCCAGUUCUACCACAAACUGCAGGAGAGCGUCAGCAAGCUACUGACGCGAGCCCGCGGCGUCUGCAAAGUGCAAGACGAGGAGCGCGUGUCGACCCUGACGCCGUCCGGCGUCGGCGUGGGCGUCAGCGGCGGCGGCGGUGGCGUCGGCGGCAGCGGCGGUGGCGGGCCGCGUCUGCGCGACUACCUAGCAGCCGGCUACAGGGCCGGCGAGCAGCCGCCGCGCGUGCGGCCGUCACCGCUGGGCAUGGCGCAGUACAUGAGCCCCGGCCACAAGGCGGCGGCGGCGGCCGGGCAGGGCGGCGCAGGCCAGUACGGCUACACCAGCGACCCGUACCUGGCCUUCUACGGCGGCGGUGGCUACACCUCGUGGACACCUUACCAGACGUUCUCUCGUCCGCCGGGCGACAGCCGGCUGCAGCAGGGAGCCGCGUGCUUCUCCAGCCGGCCGAUCGCGUCCGUGGCGCAGACCGGCUCCAGCCACUCGCACAGCUCGCCGGGAACGUCGGGCGCCUCGAGCGGCGCGGCGCCCAGCCCGCUGUACACGCCGCCCAGGCUGGUCGGCUCGGCCGGCGCGCAGACGGCCAUCCACUCCUCGGGCAUCGCGCCCUACGCCCUGGCCACCGGCUACCCGUCCCCCUCGGCGCAGUCGGCCGGCCACGCCAUGCAGCCACCGCACGGCCAGAAGUUGCAGAACGGACAGAUGGCGGCCGCGCAGACGCAGUACUACGCCCGGUAUGGCUAUCAGUACGCGGCCGGGGGACAGCAGCAGCAGGCCGCCAGCCAACAACAGCGGCCCAGCCAGCAGCAGACGCCGGGACAGCAGCAGCAGCAGUAUCAAACGCCGGGACAGCAGCAGCAGCAGCAGCAACAGGUGCCCGGCCAACAGCAGCAUGCUGGGGUCGGCUCUCCGGCGCACAGUGCGGUGUCUGCUCCAGUGCUGAACACUGCCCAGUACGUGCUGCCGUCGGCGGCGCCCCACGCCAGCCAGUCGGCGCCGCUACAGCCGCUCACCGCCCGGCCCGCGCAGCAACAGCCGCAUCAGCCGCACGCUGUGCAGCCAGCCCAGCAGCAGCAGCCACAACAGCAACAGCAGCCCUACGCUGUCCAGCCUGCCCAACAGCAGAAUCAGCCGCAGCAGUCAGUGGCCGCGAACAAAAGUGACCCGAUGUCGCGGAGCGCCGAGCUGCUGGCCGGGCUUGACCUGUCGGCCCCCGCGCCUGUCCCCACUCCGGCCCCGGCCCCGGCACCGCCGCGCGUCGUCACUUCGCAGGCCGAGCGCGAGCGCCGGCAGCUGGCCGACCGCGAGCGGCGCAAGCUGUCGGCCGGCGGCGACCCGUACGGCGACGCCGACAAGCUGCAGCUGUUCGUGCAGGAGGUGGAGCGACUCGACAAGUUUGUCGCCGGUCUGACUAAGAAGUCGCUGAACGGGCCCACCCCGCUGGACAGCAAGUGGAAGGAACUGACGGACCAGCAGGAGGUGGACGGCCGGCGGCUGAAGAUCUCUGUGGCGCGCUGCUACCCGAUGAAGAAUCGCUUCCAGGACGUGCUGCCGUUCGACAGCAGCCUGGUGCCGGUGCCGCUGGUGCGUGACGACUACAUCAACGCCAGCCGGCUGCCGGAGCUGACGGCCGGCAGUCCGGCGCUGGUGGUGACGCAGGCGCCGCUGGCCGUCACUCAGACCGACUUCUGGUGCAUGGUGUGGCACCACCAGGUGGAGCUGGUGGUCUGCCUGCUGCCCGACGCCGAGCUCGAGGGACAGGUGUACUGGCCGACGGAGCGGGGCGCGCCCGUACAGCACGGCCCGCUCCAGCUGACCCUGCAGUCCCAGUCGCCCACCAACGGACGCGUGGAGCGCAUCAUCUCGCUGCUGCACCAGGAGACCAAGAUGUCGCGCGUGGUCAUUCACCUGCAGUUCGCCGGCUGGUCGCGCGCCGCGCUGCCCGCGAGCCCUGCCCCGCUUGUCCAAUUUGUGUCGGAGGUACUGCACUACCACCAGCAGCAGCGCUCGCUGCUCCGUCCGCUGGUGGUGCACUGUUCGGGUGGCGUGGGCCGCUCGGGCGUGUUCUGCCUGCUGGCAGCCGCGCUGGCCGAGGUCAACGCCGGCUCGGGCCUGGUCGACCCCAUGCCAAUUGCCUGCCUGCUCAACACGGCCCGCCGCAACUGUCUGCAGGACAAGCAGCACCUGCUGUUCGCCUACCAGGCGCUGCUGUACGCCGCCCAGGACUUCCUCAUGAAGCGCGGCAUCCUGACCAGCCGAGCCACGUUCGACAACCCGCCGGGCCAGAGCCACCACUCGGGUCACAGCCGGCACCCGUCCGAGGACUUCCUGGCCACCAACAAGACCGUGUGCGAGCUGCAGGCGCGGCUGGGCGCGCUGACGGCCGCCGCCUCGCCCGCCUCGCCCGUGCAUGGCGCCGGCUCCACUGCG